AUGGAGAAAUAUGCCCCUAAAUUCAGCAAAGUUCUGCUGACACCUGAUCCGCAUUAUGUACCGGGGUACACAGGGUAUUGCCCACAGCUCAAGUACAAUGUGGGGAAGUCUUAUGGCAAACUCACAUCUGAGCUGCUCACCAGUCCUGAUGUGCAACACUCCAAUUGUCUGGUCCUCCACACGGGUCACCUCCCCUCCACAGACUCCAACACUGGCUUGACACUGAGAAGCAUUCCUGAAUGUAACUUGAAGAAGAUGAUACCAGGAUACACAGGCUUCAUUCCAAAAAGUCAGAACUACUUUGCCUGCAACUACUCUGAAACAUGUCGUAAAGCGCUGUCUGAGUUUUACCAGGGGCGUGUGAAGAUCCAACGGCAAACAGCAGACCUGCCAGCUGUUGUCAACUACAACAACCAACAGUUUGAAAGACCAAGACCCCCCUUGAAAGCAAUCUCCAACAAAGUGAUAACCUGCAGGCCCUCAAAGUCCUUCACCCCAGCUGGAAAACCAUACUUCAUGGAUGAUGAUAACCCGCAAAAGUUUUUUAUCUCAGGUUUUACAGGGCAUGUGCCAAAAUCUCGCUGCCUAAUUGGCAAAGGUUUCCCCAUCACUACCAACCAGGCACUGAUCCAGUUUGGGAAGCAGCAGCGGACUGACCCCACGGCACAAAGCAUCCCAGGGAGGAAGGAUAGCACAAUAACUCCCAUGCCCACCAUCUAUCCAUCAAACAGGGCCGUGGUGCCUUCAUUCACCGGACACAUCCCAGGGUACCAGUUUAUGUACGGACAAACCUUUGGCCAACUUUCCAAGAAUGCACUGGAAAAGAGCGGCAUCAAGAGGAUGAUUCAGGCAUAG